CCCGGGCGCCAUUUCGCAUAGGUUUCGCCGCAAGUGUGCCUCCAAGUCGAUGAGGUGGAAGACGGGGAUGGGCUCACCGUGGUCCGAAGAGGACCGGGCGAUGGCGGUGGAAGUCCUCGGUGGUCGGGCCCUCGACUACCUCCUCGCAGCCAGCCAUGCCUCGUCCUCCGACCAGCUCGCCACCGUCGGCAGCGGCGUCCCCGACCUCCAGAUCAAGCUCCAGAACCUCGUCGAGGCCCGUGGCUCGCCGUGGGCCUGCGCCGUCUUCUGGCAGAUCUCCCGGUCCCGGUUCGGCGAGUUCGUCCUCGGAUGGGGUGACGGCCACUGCCGCGAGCUCGGCGGCCGCGCCGACGACGACGACCCCCGCGGCAGAACCACCCUCCAGCGGAUGCGGAAGCGUGUGCUCGAGAGGCUCCACGUGCUCUCCGGUGGCUCCGACGACGAGAACUACGCGCUCCGCCUCGACCAGGUGGCCGACCCCGAGAUGUACUUCCUGGCGUCCAUGUACUUCUCGUUCGCCCCCGGCGAGGGCGCGCCGGGGAGGUCUCUUCUCUCCCAGAAGCACCUCUGGAUCCCGGAGUCAGCGUUCGCGGGCGCCGAUUACUUUGUCCGGGCCUCUCUCGCCAGGACCGCCGGCUUCCGGACCGUCGUGCUCGUACCGUUCGACACCGGCGUGCUCGAGCUGGCCUCCAUGGAUUCCGUUUCGGAAAGCCCAGAUGAACUGCAGAGGAUCAAGGCCGUGUUCGUCCACGGCCUGAGCAAAGGGACAGCAGCAACGGCAUGCGACAUGGAAAGCGGCGGCGCCACUGCGUGUUCGACAUCGUGUUUUUGGUUCGGCGGCGACGCCUGGGAUCACACAAAGAUCUUCGGGAAGGAUUUGAACGCCGCGCCGGCACAGAUGAACAUGAAGGUCCCUACUUCCAUUGCCGAACAUCACCACGAGACGCCGCUCGGGGCCGGCGCCAACCUGCUCGGUUGGAAUCUAAACCACAACCUAGAGGAAGCGACGCCGGUUCACAGGGCGUAUCCGCAUCGCGGCAAUGGCGUCGUCAUGGAGGAAACCGUGAUGAGCCAAUUCCAGUCUCAGAAGCAGCACCAACACCAGCAACAGCAGCCGCGACCGCGUGCACAGCCGAAGCAGAUCGACUUCGGUGGCAGCAGUACUAGCUCCCGAGCAAUGCCGAUAGGUCGCUUGGAAUCGCUAGAAUUUGUGCUCUCAGAUGCCGAGGCGUCGCGCAACGGAGAGAAGCCGGGCACGACGGAGGAGAGGAGGCCGAGAAAGAGGGGCCGCAAGCCCGCAAACGGGAGAGAGGAGCCCCUCAACCAUGUGGAGGCCGAGCGGCAAAGGAGGGAGAAGCUCAACCAGCGGUUCUACGCACUAAGAUCCGUGGUGCCCAACAUCUCGAAGAUGGACAAGGCAUCCUUGCUCGGCGACGCCAUAUCGUACAUCACUGAGCUGCAGAGGAAGCUCAAGGAGAUGGAGGCGGAGAGGGAGAUGCUGGGUGAACCGGCAUCCAUGGAACAGAACAGCCGCACGCAUCCCCCCCAGAUCGAUGUGGACUCACUCCACGAUGAGCUACUCGUCCGAGUGAGCUGCCCAUUGGCCACGCAUCCCAUCGCAGGAGUCAUCCAAGCUUUCGGGGACUCACAAAUCGACGUGGUGGAUUCGAAGGUCGUCGUGAGUGAUGACAAGGUGACGCACACGUUCGUCGUCAGAUCGCCUGGUGCCGAGCAGUUGACAAAGGAGAAGCUGGUCGCCGCUAUGAGUCAUGAAGUUGGCACCAAAUCUCAAUCUACGAGCCUCUGACCUGAUGUUGGUGUGCUGCCAUUGUUGCAGUCUUUCCAUGACAACUGUCCAUUGCCAUCUGCAUGUAAGAUGAUGGAUUACCUAUUUUGUUCUUGGUCAUGGUUCUUUCUUCCGUAGAGUUCUGCCAGGUGCUAGAAUCUUCGUUUUCUUCAUUACAAAUGAACUGGGUUCAGACUAUAAAGAUCUACUGGUCCGAGGGCACAACUAGACUCCAUGACAAAG